AUGAACCGAUUCCUUUACACGGAGGAAAUUCGCGAUGCCUUCAUGAAGCAAUUCGCUCUAAUCUUCACCACCCCUCCGCUUCAUGCAUUUAAAUUUGAAAAUCUCGGCGGUCAAUUUGGCCAUAUUCGCAGGAGUCAUCAGGCCGCAUCGUGUUGCCAGCAUGCAAACUUGCUCAUCUAUAUUUUCGUCAUCAUCACCGACGAAGUCGUCGAAGCUAAUGGCCGGGUCAAGUAA